AUGGCCAAAAUACGAAUCCUGAGCAACAAGAAAGCCGCCAAGCUUCGGAAUUUCGAUUCGCCCAAGAAACGCCGUGUCAAAAUGCCUUGGGUCGAUGUAGAGGAUUCCCCGCGAUCGAAACGAAAACAAGGCAAGCGUCCCUCGUUGAAUGGCCUUCAUAAGACACCGAAUCGAUUCUCUGCUCCCAACGGACCAAGUUCCCCGUCGAAAUCCAAUGGCUCUGUCGAUGGACCGACUAAGCCAGGAAAAUCAAGUUCUCUGCAAGAGCAGCGCCGCGCAUUACCUAUUGCACUAGGCAGAGAAAAAUUGAUCGCCAAAAUUCGCCAGAACGAUGUUAUCGUGCUACUUGGGGAAACAGGUUCUGGUAAAACCACCCAGGUGCCCCAAUAUAUCCUCGAAUCCGGGAUCGCGGGGACCCGGAUGGUCGCCGUAACGCAGCCGCGGAGGGUCGCUGCCACCUCCCUCGCCGCGCGCGUCGCCGCCGAGCAAAACGUGAAAGUCGGUGCCGCCGUCGGUUACUCCGUGCGUUUCGACGAGCGCAGCGGCCCAGACACGCGCAUCAAGUACCUCACCGACGGCAUGAUCGUCCGCGAGCUCCUCUCCGACCCCCUCCUCUCGCGCUACAGCGUCAUCAUCGUCGACGAGGCGCAUGAGCGCACCCUUCGCACGGAUCUCCUCCUUGCGUCACUCAAGGGCAUCCAGAAAUACCGCAGCCAGCCGUCGGACGCGAAGGGGAAAGGCCGUGCUUCGCUGCUGAACCCCCUCAAGAUUGUCGUCAUGAGCGCAACGCUCGACGCGGAAAAGUUCAGCAAGUUCUUCGACAAUGCUCCCAUUGAGUAUAUACAAGGAAGGCAGCAUCCUGUACAAAUAUUCCAUUCGGCGGAGAGUCAGAGCGAUUACCUGGCCGCGGCGCUGCGAGUCUUCUUCCAGGUUCAUACCGAUCAAGGGCCUGGGGAUGUUCUCAUUUUCUUACCAGGCCAAGACGACAUCGAGAGUCUCGAAAAGUCCAUUCGAUUAUACGCUAAUAAAUUACCCCACAAAUCUAUGGAGGUUGUAAUAUGUCCAAUGUACGCUGCCCAAGCGGCAGGGCAGAACUCAAAAGUAUUUAACGCGGCUCCCCCAAAUACCCGAAAAUGUAUCCUAGCCACCAACAUCGCGGAAACGUCCAUCACCAUCCCGGGCGUCAAAUACGUCAUUGAUACAGGCAAGUGCAAAGAGAAGCAAUAUCUCGCACGAGAGACCGGUGGAGGAUUUGAUACCCUUCUGACGAAAGACAUCACCAAGUCUUCAGCCAAUCAGAGAGCAGGACGUGCUGGUCGAGAGGGAAGCGGGGUAUGCUUCCGGCUGUAUACAGAAGCGGCCUACAACAACAUGGCUGUUUCUGCAGAUCCCGAGAUCAGACGAUGCAGCCUUACAUCGAGUGUUCUACAGCUGAAAUGCCUGGGUCAGGAUUUCCAAGAACUCGACUUCAUGGACAAGCCGGACUAUGAUUCGGUUGUAUCGGCGUACAAGUCACUUUGGCUAUUUGGCGCACUCAAUAACUCGAAGGAACUGACGCCGACGGGGCGCCAGAUGGCUGCCUUCCCUCUCGACCCCUGCUAUGCACGGAUCGUCCUCGCGUCCAAGGAAUACAACUGCGCGCCCGAGAUCGUCGAGAUCGUCUCCGUCCUCUCUGCCUCAUCAAAGCUGUUCGUCGACGUCAGCGAUCAGCGCGAUUCAGCCGCGGAGUUGCGACGCAAGUUCCGCCAUCCGACGGGGGACCACCUAACGAUCCUCGGCGUCGUCAAAGCGUACCAGGAGAUUGCGCUAGCAGAAAACAAGGCUGGGCGACGAGAGUGGUGUCGGAAGCACUUUUUGAACGAAAGGGCCCUGUUGGAGGCGCGCGAUAUUCGUGACCAGCUGAAACAGACUUGCGCGCGGUUUGGGAUUUCGUUCGAUGAGGGCGUGCGCGCGGACAACAACAAUGACGACGCGGUGCUCAAAGCUCUGGCGCACGGUUUAGUGCAGAAUUCCGCGCUGCUGCAGCCCGAUGGAGUGACGUAUAAGCAGACGAUGGGACAUACGACAGUGAAGAUCCACCCAAGCUCUGCGCUCUCUGAUCGAAAGCACCCGGCGAUUAUAUUCAACGAACUUGUGUACACCAACCAAGUCUACGCUCGUGGGGUCUCGUCGAUACCCAAAAGUUUCUUCCUGUCGAUACCCACGCUUAAUCAACGCCACUCAUGA